AUGGCUACUCCAGAUUCAUAUCAAUCUGUGUGCGUCAAGUUUGGUGUGGGAAAGGCCACUGCAUUGCGCGCUGUGAGACGGGUAACUCAUACUCUCCACUGUCUAGCACCACAUUUUAUUAAAUGGCCAAGAAAAGAAGAGGCUAUCGAUGCUAUGGAAGCAUUUAAAAAAGUAAAAGGUUUUCCAGGCGUUAUUGGGGCUACUGAUAGCUCAUUUAUACAGAUACAUAGUCCUCAAAAAGAUGCAGCUUCUUAUGUCUGUAGAAAAAAUUAUCCCGCUAUUCAUCUACAAGCUGUGUGUAAUGCUCGAAGUUUAUUUACUCAUUGCUAUGUUGGGCAUGCAGGAUCUGUGCAUGAUGCACGAGUUUUUAGAAACUCUCCUCUAGCUGACUUUAUCCAACAGCCACAUAAUUAUUUUCCCUUCGAUUCUCAUCUUUUAAGAGAUGCAGCAUAUUCAAUUCAUCCACAUGUCAUAGUGCCAUUUAGAGAUAAUAGACAUCUCAUUGCAAGACAAAAAAACUUUAAUUAUUGCUUAUCAUCUACUCGCAUGGCCAUUGAAAGAGCUUUUGGACUUUUGAAAAUGAGAUUUCGAGUUUUGCUUGACUGUCUGCCUUUUACUAAUAUGCCUUUUACUAAUAUGCUUAUACUAAUAUGCACGUGA